AUGGCCAGGCUAUUCAGAUCAUUCAUGCUGGCGGCGGCCGCGUCUGUGACGCCCGUCUGGUCGCUCUGCUCGCACAACACUUUCCUCCACCCGCGAGAGGAGGGCAAGGCAGUCGAAGUCAAAAAGUUUGGAUACAUUGGCGUCACCGGUCCGCUGUUCUGGUCAUCGUUGGCGCCCGAGAACACGGCCUGCUCCACGGGAAGACGACAGUCGCCUAUCGAUAUGACGGGAACAUCAUUCAAUAUGGUACCCUCGUCUGAAAUCCAGAUCGACAUCCCCGAUUUCACUGAGGGCACCGAGUUCGAGAACCUCGGAACCACCAUCGAGGUCAUUGCGAAGGGCGGCUCGAUGACUUUCGGUGAGAAGCAGUACACCCUGCAGCAGUUCCAUUUCCACUUGCCUAGCGAGCACCUGGACAAUGGUACAAGUAGAGCCAUGGAAAUGCACAUGGUCUGGCAAACCGAGAACCAGGAACUUGCUGUCAUCGGCACCUACAUUGACGUCGCCACCGAAGCUGAUGCGCCACCAGCCAGGUUCCGCAUCAGGGGAAGCAGAAGCCAUAGGGAGCAAGAAGUCAUUAUGCCUCCUUCUACCAACGAGACGGCCCCAGUGCGCCCUGUGCGUCCAGACUCCCCGGUCUCCGAUGCGCCUACUGUUCUUCUCGAGACCAUCUUCAGCACCGUCGACGCCAUCCGCACGCCCGGCACCGUGACCCAGACUCCCCCCUUGAUCCUCUCCGAGGUGGUCAACAUCUGGAAGUCGGGUCACUUCCAGGGUUACAUCGGGUCCCUCACCACCCCUCCCUGCAGUGAGGGCGUCAUGUGGCUCGUGUCGACGCAGACGCUCAGGAUCUCGCCUUUGACGUUCGAAAAUGUCCGUAGUGUCAUCGGCUUCAACUCGCGCUUUACGCAGAAUGCGCCCGGUCAGGAUAAUAUCCUUGCUAAGGCAGGCUGCGCCGCAGCCGGAACUGUGUAAGGCGGUUGAAUCUGGGAUGGAAGCGGGAGAACUACCAAUGUUAGUACACCGGUUAGGCUUGAAUACAAACCAAAGGAUUACGGCGGGUUAGCC